UAAUAAAUAUGAAGACACUAAUUUGUAGCGCUCUGAUUCCCUAGAAGAAUAAUUAAGGACUAUGUCUUCGAACCAAUCAGAUUGCGAUGCUGUGUCUAUCGUCAUAGCAUUGGCUGUGUUUGCUCUUCCUAUAACGCUUCUUAUACCGGAUUUUAGUAUAUGGGAUGUUAUACCAAAGAUUCAUGUAACUAGAUGGCCAAUAAUUGUCCAAUAUGUCACAUGGAAGCAGUUGAAUACGGCAUUCAUUAUUAUCCUUACGCUUUUCUUCGGCAUGUAUCUGGAAAUUCGAAAACGCAGGUUAAACGAAAUGGUGGAGACAGUUUUAACUGUCACGCGAGCUACGGAAACCACGCUGGAUGGGGAGCGCGAUAAGCAGGCGGAGGCAGUGAAGGUCUGCGUGGAGCUUCUAGAUGUUUCCACAGAACAUUACGAGAACCUCAUCCUUCUUAGAGACGAUUUGCGGAAGCGUGAUAAAGUUAAACAGCGUCCACCCGCGUGCGAACCUAGUACAUCGGAUGUUUAAUUUGUGUUCAAAAUUGAAUAAAUAUGGAAUUGUA